AUGCACCCGUAUGCCGUUGCCCCCCAUGAGGAUCAUUACGUCACUUUGCCAUCGGGUGACAGGUACCACGUCGUCUUGUUUGGCGGCAGUGACGAGGUGUACCGGCAGCGGGGGGAGGCGCCACCGCCCGUUCUGUUCUGCGUGCAUGGCGCCGGCAUGAGUUCUUCGAACUACUUUGUGCUGGCCACGCACCUUGUGCAGCAGCACCAUGAAGCUGGUGGCGUAGAGGCGGAGGCUGACGGAUGGCCGGGUAUUGUUCGCGUGGUCACGUAUGACAUGCGGUGCCACGGUGACUCGACGUACAGCGGUGGGGAAGGAAACCUCACACUGCAGGUGCUCGUGGACGACUUCCGCGGUGUGCUGACUGCCGUUAAGACGACACUCUUCGCUGACACGCCGCGUUUCUACGUGAUAGGUCACUCUCUUGGCGGGUCUAUAGUGGUGAAUACCUUGAUCAAGGCCAAGGACUUAAUGGCGAUGGUCGCGGGCGUGGUGUUGCUCGACGUGGUGGAGGGCACCGCGAAGGUGUCGCUGCAGUACAUGGACAAGUUUCUGCAGGACCGACCGCUGCAGUUUGCGGAUGUGGCGGAGGCGACGCAGUGGUUCCUGCAACGCGGCGGCAUGAGGUCCCCCGCGGCUGCAGCUGUGACGGUGCCGCCGUUGUUGAAGCGGGUCGACAACCACUACGAGUGGAAGUCGGACCUGGCAGCGAUGGCGUCGGUGUGGGCCGAGUGGUUUAACGGCCUCGACGAUGCCUUUGUGAAGCUGCCAGGUCCGAAGAUACUUUGCCUCGCCAACGCGGAGCGUCUUGAUGUCGCACUCACAGUUGCGCAGAUGCAGGGGAAGUUCCAGUUUGAGGUGCUUGGUAACGGCUGUGGGCAUUAUGUGAUGGACGACCAGCCAUCAGUUCUCGCGGCGAAGCUUCGCCGUUUCAUUAGGCGAAUUGAGACCAUGUCGGAGAAGCUCCGAUUUUGCACCAUGAAGGCAGCACCGCCAGCUGCGGCGAUGUAG